GUGGUGACAGCGGACCACGCCCAGCUCAUGGUGCCUCUCAUCUUGGAGAAGAACCUGUGGUCGUCCAUCCCCGGCGAGGACACCAUCAUGAACGUCCCGGGUUUCUGGCUCAUCCGCAGAGAGAAUUUAGAGUAUUUCCCUCGGAACAGCAGCUACUGGGACCGCUGCAUGGUGGGAGGCUACCUCUCCCCCAAAUCAGUCCUGGAGGUCUUCGACAAACUGGUGGCGGGCUCCAUCAACUGGCCCGCCAUCGGCAGCGUCCUCGACUACAUCAUUCGCCCCGUGGUUCCCUCAGAGACGCUGACACUGGAGGUGCAGUACGACACGGAGCGCAGGCUGUACGUGGACUUCCUGCCGUUACUCGUGAUGGAGGACGGAACCUCGCUGAUCGCCAAACCUCAUCGUCUCGUCGCCGAGCGUCACGAAAACCUGUGGAGGCAGAGCUUUCGAGUGGCGGAGACGGCGCGACUCAGGGCGCUGGACCAGGAGGACGGAGGGUGUCGGUGCGCCUGCCUGAAGCUGGCGAAGGCAAUGUGCAAACUCAACCCCGCUCUGAACCGUCUCAACGCCAGCCAGCUCACCAACUGCAUCCUGCUGCUGUGCGAGAAGGAGGGCGACUGGACGCAGGACGCGCUGGCCGACCGCUUCCUCCAGCUGCUGCGAGCGCUGGUGGGACACCUGGAGGCCGGGAGGCUGCCCUGCGCCCUCAGCCCCAAAGUGAACUUAUUCUGCGAGCUGACGGAACAGGAAGUGGACGAGCUGGGGUACACGCUCUACUGCGCCCUGUCCGAUCCGGCGGGGCUGCUGAGAACAGACAUGGAAGAGCCGCCACAACCGUGACAACCUCGUGUAAACAAACAUCACUACUAACAGCAACGGGGGAUUUCAAUCAACACUGAUUUGUGGGCGGUGGUGACCUCGACAUAACAUGGUUCUGGGAGCGGGAAAAACUGCAUGGAGUCCAAAACACUCGAUCUGGUCAGUCUUAAACGCCAUCAGUGAGAAAAUGUGAUGCACACUGUAGCAGCUACUAAAUGUUAAGAUACGUCUUGACAUGAAAGAUGUUUGUCUUGUUCUCAUGCAAAACGUAUUUUAUCUCCGUUAAGGCCCAUUGAUGGAUCUCACCAAAGCCAUUGUAUUAAUGAAGUUGAGAGGAGACACACUGACAUACAUCUCUGUGGAGGUAGUGCACGCUGCAUGGGGUGGUGCAGGAAUGAGUCCGAAAACCUGGAAAUGACUCAGCAUUUUAACACCUGAAGCUUUUCUCGUCUCGACAUCAUUGGUUUUUGGAUGUGUUUUUGUCGAUAUGCCUGAAAUAAGGUCUGUGGUUAACAGAAGCUAAAGAGAUAUAUUCAUGUUUUGCUCGAGCUUCUGUCAUAAAAACGGCGGUUGCUAACAAGUGGCUAAAUUAGACUAUUAAACGUCAUCACGCCAAACAUUAGCCGCCUUUAGCUUAGCGGUUGUAGCUUUACCACAGAGCUUGUUUUAUGCAUGUUCCAAAAUCCAAUGCUAACUUCCACAUUAGCCUAGAAAAGAUCAUCAUGCCUGCACCACUCUAUUGGUGUGUCCAUAUGAAAAUAAUAAGGUGAAUAUAAUACAUGCGUCUUCCUCUCAUCUGUCCUCUUGUGGGAGUCUUCAAGGCGCUCCCAUGCAGUUGUUCACCGAUGGAUUCCAGGAUGUUGAUUGUAUGCCAAUCCAAAAGCUAAUAAAAUAUCAAUGAGCAAAAGAGACAAGCCUACUCUGUUCAUCCACCUUUCGUUCUCUCAUUAAAUACUGCUCUACUGUGUUCAGUUUGAAAUCACGCUGUGUCAGAAGAACUUCAUUAAAACAGUGGCUGCGUUGAAGAUUUAUGAAUGGGAUCUGUGAUGGGACUGUGUGCAGCUUAUCUAGAAAUCAACCGGGGGAAUAAUAAAAUGUAUGUUGAUGUCUUUGUAUCUCACAUUCAAUAUGAAUCAGAUGUAAGGCUGAAUAUACAGCCAUAAAUAGAAAAUGUGAAGCUUCUGAAUUGUCCAUGAAAUUUGGAACAAUACAGCUUCACCAUUUUCCCUUAUCCGCUCUCUGUCAUGUCAGGAGGUUUGGUUCUCCAGUCACAUUUGUUCAUAUAACGAAUAUGCUUUAUCUAAGUUAAAACCAAACGUACUUUAAUCUCGGGUUAUUUUUGCACUUUCCAAAUGUUCGUAGGUUUAUCCAAAGUGUCUCAACUGGAAGUGUUCUUGUCUUCUAGUUUUUGCUUUAGUUUCAAUCCAGGUUUCCUCUUGAUCAUUAUCUUCUACAUUUCUUAAUAGUCCCCUUUUUGAGAAAUCUCUACUCCAGACACACAGCUGUUAAACUGGUACUAACGUUUGUCGAUGGUGAAUUAGUCUCAGUAUUCAUUUCCUGUCCCGAUAGCAUGCAGAACAAAGAGCCCGUUACAUCUGUAGAGUUAUUUCUCUAUCUUUGUGCAUACCUGUGCACGCUUUAAGUCCGUAUUACCCUCUGAAUAACCCACAGGUCCUGGGCCGUUCUGUUUAUGAAGUGUUUGACACCAUCACAUGACCUGUUGUGAUUCUCCUGUCAAAUCGGUUUAUAUCUCUAGAUUUCAGGUGCUAAUCUCUUUUAGAUCUUGAUCUGAGAGGGAUCUACUCAGUUAUAUAAUGCUAGAUUAGCCUGCUACACUGCAGGUGGAGUCAAUACAACAAUGUGUGUCACUGUGAAAUGACAUGUCCAAAAUUCAUCACGUUUGCUUUUUGUUCUCACUUUUAGCCUUGGAAUGAUAAAUAAAUGCAGUGACAGAGCC